AUGAUUCGCACUAUUGCUGAGAAAGGGAUGGGUAGCAGGAGGGGAAGCUAUGGAAGGAGGAGCUAUGAGGCAGCUCAUACAGCUCUGAACUUUCAUGAUCGUCUGUAUAAGAAGGAAGGGUAUCUUCCCGUCCCAGAAGUCAAUCAUCACAUAGCUCAUCUGCAUCCUUUCCCCGAGCUCCCAAAAUCGUUCCAGCAUCUGUAUUACCAGAGCAAAAGGUCUUCGGAGCUUCGAAAACACCGCAACCAAAUCUCUACAGCAACCUUCACCAUGGCAGGAGGAGCUAUGAUAUCGACGGGAGGGACGAUCGAGGGAGGUUUCUUGAAAGGCCGAGCUCUGAUCUACCCCGUCUUCCUGAUCACUCUCCUUUUCUUCCUCUGGGGUUUCUCCUACGGUCUUCUCGAUGUCUUGAACUCCCAUUUCCAGGCUGUACUCAGCAUUACCAAGUUGCAAUCGACUGGUCUGCAGGUCAUGUACUUUGGUGGAGGAUAUUUCUUUUUCUCGCCUAUCGCAGCCGAAGUCCUCAAGCGUCGUGGCUACAAGACCACCAUCCUCAUGGGAUUGACCCUCUACUCUCUCGGCGCCGUCUUCUUCUGGCCCACAGCACACUUCACGACCGCUGAUAACAAACUCGCCUCAUACGGUGGUUUCCUCGCCUGUACCUUUGUGAUCGCAUGCGGUUUGGCAACUCUCGAGACAUCGGCAAACUCCUACGCUGUCAUUAUUGGUGACCCAGCAUCUGCCUCUAUCCGUCUCCAAUUCUGUCAGUCAUGGAACGGUGUCGCUUCAUUCGUUGGCCCAUUGAUUGCAUCGAAGUUUUUCUUUACAGGAGAGAACGCAAACAACUUGACGAACGUGCAAUACGUCUAUCUCGCAGUCGCAUGUCUUGGCGCCGCCGUUGCGGUCCUCUUCAUCUUCACCAAGCUUCCCGAGGUUUCUGAAGCGACACUUGCUGAGAACGCCAAUAUUGAGAUUCAGGCUAUUGACGAGCAUGGCAAUCCAAUCGGUCAGGGUCCAUUGUACAAGCAGUAUAACAUGAUCUUCGCAUUCGUCGCUCAGUUCUGUUAUGUCGGUGCUCAGGUAACAAUCGGCGCUUUCUUCAUCAACUAUGUUGUCGAAAACGGUGGUUUCACCAAGCCUCAAGCCUCGAACUUUCUCUCAUAUGCCCUCAUUAUCUUCACAGUCGGUCGUUUCGUCGCCGUCGGAAUUGCCUUCUUCCUCGCACCAGCUUUCAUCAUGAUUGUGUACUCCAUGUUGGUCAUUGCCAUGACAGCUUGUGCUUCUGCUCUCGAAGGAUCUGCUGGUGUGGGAACCUUGAUGGUCACGUAUUUCUUGAUGGCGCCCAUGUACCCUACUAUCUUCACGAUGGGUACUGCUAAUCUCGGAAUCCACACUCGUCGCGGUGCCGGUAUCCUUGUCAUGGGUGUCGCAGGUGGUGCCGUUUUCCCACCCAUCCAGGGCGCUGUAGCCGAUGGUGCCAGCACUCGGAUUUCAAUGGUCGUCCCGCUCGUCGGCUUUGUCUAUGUCUUCGGCUACGUCUUCUUCCACUGGUUCACCCACGGCAAGAAUAUCAUGCGUGUCAAGGACAUCGUUGUCGCUGCUGAUACUGCUGGUCGUCGUGGCUCUGCCUGGGGAGGUGCUGUCGGUGGUGCCAUCAACUAUGUCCACUAUACUGGAGAGAAGGAGGGUGUCACGGAAGGUGGAAUGAGAAGAGCGAGUGUCGUUACUGCAGGUCGCAAGAUGUCCAUUGCCGUCCAGGUUAAGAGACCCAGUGUCAGCCAUGGUGAGGCUGUUUUGGAGGAGCAGAAGGGAAAUCCGAUUUUGUUAUAA